AUGUUUUGUAGAGAGGCGUCGUCCAGUCUCCAGACCUUAAGCAUAGCAAACAGUCUCAGCUCUCAGUUCACUAAACCAUCAGCACUCAUCAACUCCCUCUCGGCAGGACAUCGUUACAAGCUGUGUCCUCGUCCAAACCUCAGAGGACGAUGUACGGUCACUGCCUCAAAGUUUGAUAUUAAUGGGAAAGGUAAAAUAGUGAAAGAAGAAGUUAAGAAAAUCAAAGUAAAGGGAACUAUAACGGUGUUGUCCCAAGAAAAAAAAAAGAAGGGAACUAUAACGGCCCAAGAAGGCUUGUUACCUUCCGUCGGAGUCCUGCUCGUCGAGCUUAUUAGCGCCGAGACUGACCCCCGGACGCCGAUCAAGAAGGAUCCAGUGGAGGAUUACGCACAACGUGUAUUGAUUGAUGGACAUGAUGAUCAGUACCAAUGUGUGUUCGACAUGCCCAAAGACUUUGGAGCGGUUGGUGCCAUCAGAGUUGUAAACCUUGAGAGUAAAGAGAUAUUCAUCAAGGAAAUGAAACUUGAGGUACCCGACGGCCCCGUUACCUUUACAUUUAACUCGUGGGUGGCCCCUAAGUCCGAAGACCCAACCAAGCGGACAUUCUUCUCCAACAAGUCCUACUUGGCUCUCAAAACUCCUGAGCCUCUUAAACAGCUGCGAAAAGAGGAGCUGGAGACCUUGCAAGGCAAGAACCGUGAGGGAGAUCAUGAAUUUAAAAAGUUCGAGCGGGUUUACGAUUAUGACGUGUACAACGAUGUGGAUAAUCCUGACAAAGAUCCAGAACUUGCCCGUCCCGUUAUGGGAGGCCUCUCUCACCCAUACCCAAGGCGGUGCAAGACUGGUCGCAAACCAAGCCGCAAAUACCCCUCCAUUGAGACACGCAAAGGGGAUUUCUAUGUCCCUAGAGACGAGGAGUGGUCCACAGUCAAGGGCACUGCAUUCACGGGCACGACAAUCUUGGCAGCUCUUCCUGCUGCGUUGCCACAGAUUGAAGCUUUUCUGUUGGAUCCAAACAUGCCCUUCCCACACUUCAAGUCCAUAGAAAAUCUCUUUGAAGAAGGCAUCGAGAUUCCCAAGGAUACUGGACUUUUUUCUUUGAUCCCCAGAAUUUUCAAAGCUAUUGCUGCUGAAGCUGAGGAUAUUCUCCUGUUUGAAUCCCCUAUUCUCCUUGACAAGGAUAGAUUUUCAUGGAUUCGAGACAACGAGUUUGCUCUCCAGACACUUGCAGGCCUUAAUCCCUAUUGCAUUCAGCUAGUUCGAGAGUGGCCCUUGAAAAGCAAACUAGACCCUGCGAUUUAUGGUGAUCCCAACUCACUCAUUACUAGUGAGAUUGUGGAAAGAGAAAUCAAAGGAGUUAUGUCAUUUGAUGAGGCUCUGGAGAACAAGAGACUGUUCAUGUUGGACUAUCAUGAUUUGCUUCUACCGUAUGUGAACAAAGUGAGAGAGUUGGAUGAUAGCACCUUAUAUGCUUCUCGAACACUAUUCUUCCUCAACGAUGAUAGCACAUUGAGACCUGUUGCCAUUGAGUUGACUCGUCCCCAAGAUAAAACCAGGCCCCAAUGGAGGCACAUAUUCACGCCAGGAUAUGAUGCUACCUCCUGCUGGCUAUGGACUCUUGCUAAGACUCACGCUAUUUCUCAUGACGCUGGUUAUCACCAGCUUAUUUCCCACUGGUAUUUAACAAACUAGAUCCUCACUUAUAUACUCUCUUCGUAUACAAAUUAUUAUGUUUAA